AUAUCCAGAACCACAUCAGGUAAUUCACGAACAAAGUUUGGUUUUUUCUUUGACAAAGCCGUUAUUUCGUGGGCUGCUUUAUUACCAUUUCGCCGAACGUGUUGAGCUCUAAAUUUCGCGCCACACCACUUCCAUGGCAACACCCAGAGACAAGUACAAGAAACCCAAAUUGGAACAUCAAUCCGAACAAAUUGACGAUAAUGAGGCCCAAUCUGUAGAAACGGACGACAGAAUUUCACUCGAAUCAUCGUCCGACGAAGAAAUGACCACAGUUUCACAGCAUUAUUUUGGCAGCAUUGAAGAUGAUGGUUUCUCAAUCAGAAUCAUCGAGAAUAUGAAAGAAGAAUACGGACUAUUCGUAUGGCCGUCGAGCAUAAUUCUGGCAGAGUACAUUUGGCAACAAAAAUCACGGUUUUCUGGUUCUAAUGUUGUCGAGUUAGGUGCUGGAACUUCGUUGCCUGGAUUGGUUGCUGCCAAAGUCGGUGCUCACGUAACUCUGACCGACGAUUCAAAUAGAUCAGAGGUGCUCGAUAGUAUGAGAAAACUGUGCAAUAUAAACGAUCUCAAUUGCAGGGUUUUGGGACUUACAUGGGGAGUAUGGGACCCACCAGUAUUUAGUUUGUACCCGAACAUCAUUCUUGGAGCCGAUGUUUUCUACGAUACAGCGGCCUUUGACGAUCUUUUUGCAACGGUAACGUAUUUGCUACAAAGAUGUCCAGAUUCCGUUUUCAUCACCACCUAUCAUAACCGAAGUGGGCAUCACCUGAUCGAGUUCUUAAUGGAGAAAUGGUGCUUGAAGUGCACGAAGCUUGUUGAUGGGUUUUCAUUAUUGCCAUCUCACAAGGCAUCAAAUUUGAGUGGCAAUAUUCAGUUGGCAGAGAUUGUUUUCGACACUUCAAAAUGAAAAUAAAAAUGGUGAAGCAAGUGUGAUAUGCGACAAGUAUGAAGCAGCCACAUUCGGUAAGUAACAAUAGUUCGGUUUUUCUUGGCAACCGUUUUUUUUCUCCCGAGGCCAUUGCACAAAGUUUGCAUAGUGCAAUUCACCGCUUGUAUGUUUUGCGAACUAUUACAUGGAAAAAAAACGAGUUGCUUAAUCAGAUUAAAAUCGGAUGGCUGGCUAAUUAAAUGGCUAAAAUCGGAUGCCGCUUAUGAACAAAUACAUGGAUAUUUUUAAUGGAAAUUGGAUUUUAUAUUUGCCUCUAUUAGAGUUCGCAUAUGAUCAACAGUUUCAAUAUUCCGGUUUUUUUUUUUCUUUUUAAUUUCUGGAAUUCCUAAUAGUUUUUGGACUGAAAUUGGAAAUGUAUGUAAUUUCCGAUCCGAUUUUAAUUUUCGGAACAAUCCGAAUUUCUGAUUUA